AAGCCGGUGCUUGGACUUUCUGAGGAUAAAUGGACUCUUUUUUUAAAAACUCAUAUCUGGACCCGAAGCAGGUGCCUGCCCAGCUUCCUAAGAGGGCUAGCUCUGAUCUUUCGUCUCCUUCUCAACCGCUGACCAUUGCGAUAGCUAUUAGUGGGAGCAGUAAAAGCAAGAAUGUAGUUAGGUGGGCGCUCAAAAAGUUUGGUUCUGAAGAAAAUGUCAUUUUCAAGCUGAUUCACAUUCAUCCAAAGCUUACUUCUGUACCUACACCUUCGGGAAACACAGUCUCUAUCUCCGAGGCACCAGAGGAUGUGGCGGCUACUUAUAGACAAAACGUGAUGCAGGAGACGAAAGAAACUCUUCUUAAACCUUUCAAGAAAAUGUGCGAGCGGAAAAAGGUUGCAGUGGAACUUCAAGUCCUCGAAUCAAAUAGUGUUGCAGUAGCGAUAACGAGAGAGGUUAAUGAGCAUUUGAUCAGAAACCUUUUCAUUGGACGUUCAUCGCAUGGUGCCUUCUCGAGUUCCAGGAAUCAUGAUAUUACUGCAAAGAUAUCAGCCUAUGUGUCAAACUUAUGCACAGUUUAUGUUGUCUCAAAAGGAGUAUAUAUUCUUUCAAAAGAUAAAUUAUCAUCAGACACGGAGAGGAAUGAAACUCUAAGAGAUUCCGGUAAUGAGAUAACCGAUUCCUCCAGCUGGUCUUCUGGUUCAGGACCAAACUCAGAUGUAAUGUCAAACGCACUCAAAUCUAACCCUCAUGCUCUGUCCAAGAAGAGAUUGCAACAUCUCCCGACAAUAGUAAGAGGGGUUUCUGUUCCUAUUGAAACUAGUUCUGCUGAGUCAGAUGAAACUAGAAGUAUGUCUUCGGAUGUUGCCGAGGAAGUAAGCAAGAGAAGUAGCCCUGAAACUUCGCGUAGUGUUUCUUGGAAUCAUCGGUUUAGAGAUUUUGAUGAGAGAAAAGACGCUAUGAGUUCUAUGUCUAUGUAUAGCAACCAUGAAUACGGAAAUGUUACUCAAGGUGGAGAUUACUUCACAGACAACCAGGACACGCUCAAUGAAAUUUCGAAGUUGAGAGCUGAGCUUAGACACGCUCAAGAAAUGUAUGCAGUGGCUCAAGUAGAAACGUUGGAUGCUUCUCGCAAGCUAAACGAGCUUAAGUUUGAAGAGCUAACGCUAAAGGAGCACGAAAUGAAGGGGUUAGCAGAAAAGGAAACACAGACGUUUGAGAAGAAGUUACGGGAAGAGAGAGACACUGAACAAAGAAGAGAAGCCGAGAUAAAAGCAGCCCGUGAAGCCAAAGAGAAGGAGAAGCUUGAAGAAAUUUCCCUAGUGGCUCCUAAGCUGCAAUACCAAGAGUUCACUUGGGAAGAAAUCAUCACCGCAACUUCAUCUUUCUCUGAAGAUCUAAAGAUCGGAAUGGGAGCUUACGGGGAUGUUUACAAAUGCAAUUUGCAUCAUACAAUUGCCGCUGUCAAAGUCUUGCAUUCCGCUGAAAGUAGUCUAUCCAAGCAAUUCGAUCAAGAGCUCGAAAUCUUGAGCAAGAUCAGGCACCCGCACUUGGUUCUCCUUCUAGGAGCAUGUCCUGAACGCGGCGCUCUAGUCUAUGAGUACAUGGAAAACGGUAGCUUGGAAGAUAGACUAUUCCAAGUCAACAAUAGUGAACCAAUCCCGUGGUUUGUGCGAUUCAGAAUUGUUUGGGAAGUCGCAUCAGCGCUUGUUUUCCUCCACAAAUCAAAACCGACACCAAUCAUCCACCGCGAUCUGAAACCCGCGAACAUCUUGCUUGACCACAACUUUGUCAGCAAAGUAGGAGAUGUUGGUCUCUCCACAAUGAUCCAAGUCGAUCCAUUGUUAACCAAAUUCACAAUGUACAAACAGACAAGUCCCGUGGGAACGUUAUGCUAUAUCGAUCCUGAAUAUCAACGAACCGGAAGGAUAUCUCCAAAAUCAGACGUCUAUGCUUUAGGAAUGAUCAUUCUGCAGCUUCUCACCGCUCAACCAGCUAUGGCACUGACAUAUACAGUAGAAAUAGCCAUGGAGAACAACAAUGACGAUGAGCUAAUACAGAUUCUUGAUCAAAAAGCGGGUAACUGGCCAAUAGAAGAAACCCGCCAAUUAGCCGCUUUAGCGCUCUAUUGUACAGAGCUCCGUGCUAAAGACAGGCCUGAUUUGGAAGAUCAGAUUCUUCCAGUAUUGGAGAGCUUGAAGAAAGUAGCUGACAAAGCAAGAAACUCGCUUUUCGCUGCGCCAAGUCAACCUCCAAGCCAUUUCAUCUGCCCAUUACUUAAGGAUGUGAUGAAGGAGCCAUGUAUUGCGGCUGAUGGGUACACUUAUGACCGGAGAGCCAUUGAGGAGUGGAUGGAGAACCACCGGACGUCGCCGGUGACUAAUUCGCCGUUACGAAACGUGAACCUUUUGCCCAAUCACACCCUUUACGCAGCCAUCGUUGAAUGGAGAAAUAGAAAUCAGUAAGGCAAAACAAAAAAGAGAGCGCUCUGAUUUAAUAUUAUCAAUUCCACAAACAAGUUCAGACUCUAGAUUUUGAACUUUGAGUAUCAAAGCAUCUCUUGAUGGAUGCAUUCUCUGUUUCAAAUCAAGAUCUUUUCAAAAGAUCACAUUCUUAUUCAGCAUGUGAUAUCAAUUAGUCUCUUGUUCCUUGGUUGUCUCGUUUUUGUUUGGCUCAAGGAUCUCCAUUUCAAUUGUGAUAUUGUUGAAUGACAGAAUGCUACUGUCUCAUUUGGUUGGAAGAAAGAUAGGCGAUGAGU